AUGGAGCUGCCCGUCUCUUCUUCACUUGGGUGUGUAACUGGGCAAUUCAAGUUCCGCUUUAAAUCGGUGGUAUCAUACGUUGACGAACACCUGUCUGCGCUACGACCAGCACCCCCCACCCAACCCCCGUCCCCUUCCCCGCCAGCAAUGUCAGAAAUCAGAAGGAAACUCGUCAUCGUAGGUGAUGGUGCUUGCGGAAAGACCUGCUUGUUGAUUGUUUUCUCGAAAGGAACGUUCCCGGAGGUCUACGUACCUACAGUGUUCGAGAACUACGUUGCCGACGUCGAGGUCGAUGGAAAGCAUGUUGAACUCGCCCUAUGGGAUACGGCCGGCCAGGAAGAUUACGACCGACUCCGCCCACUGAGCUACCCAGACUCCCACGUAAUCCUCAUCUGCUUCGCCGUCGACUCCCCCGAUUCCCUCGAUAACGUCCAAGAGAAGUGGAUUUCAGAGGUCAUGCAUUUCUGCGCUGGCCUGCCUAUCAUCCUCGUUGGCUGCAAGAAGGAUCUUAGACGCGACCCUCGGGUCAUUGAGGAGCUGAGGAAGACGAGUCAGCGACCUGUCACACCGGAAGAGGGCAUGGCCGUAGCGCAGAAGAUCGGCGCAAAGCACUACCUCGAGUGCUCCGCCAAGACCGGCGAGGGCGUCCGCGAGGUCUUCCAGUACGCCACCCGCGCCGCCCUCCUCACCCGCGGAAAGAAGAAGCACCACUCGGGCUGCGCUAUCCUCUAA